UUACCUUGCUGGAUUCCAGAUCGGUCCAGGGUGAGCUUGGGUGGAUAGCAAGCCCAUUGGAAGGAGGGUGGGAGGAAGUGAGCAUUAUGGAUGAGAAAAAUACUCCAAUCCGCACGUAUCAAGUCUGCAAUGUGAUGGAGCCGAAUCAGAACAAUUGGUUACGAACUGAUUGGAUUCCUCGCGAAGGUGCUCAGAGGGUUUAUAUUGAAAUCAAGUUCACACUGAGAGACUGCAACAGCCUGCCAGGUGUCAUGGGGACUUGCAAAGAGACUUUUAACCUUUACUACUACGAGUCAAGCAAUGACAAGGAACGUUUCAUUCGGGAAAGCCAGUUUGCCAAGAUUGACACUAUUGCUGCUGAUGAGAGCUUCACACAAGUGGACAUUGGUGACAGGAUCAUGAAGCUCAACACUGAGAUCCGUGAUGUGGGGCCAUUAAGCAAGAAAGGAUUCUAUCUGGCUUUCCAGGAUGUAGGGGCUUGCAUUGCCUUGGUUUCAGUCCGUGUUUUCUAUAAGAAGUGUCCGCUGACAGUACGCAACUUGGCUCAGUUUCCAGACACAAUCACUGGGGCUGAUACGUCUUCUCUGGUGGAAGUUCGCGGUUCGUGUGUCAACAAUUCAGAAGAGAAGGAUGUGCCAAAAAUGUACUGUGGGGCAGAUGGUGAAUGGCUCGUACCCAUUGGCAACUGCUUGUGCAAUGCUGGGUAUGAGGAGCGUAAUGGAGAAUGCCAAGCUUGCAAGAUUGGAUACUACAAGGCCCUCUCGACUGAUGCAGCUUGUGCUAAGUGCCCACCUCACAGUUUCUCCAUCUGGGAAGGCUCAACCUCUUGCACCUGCGACCCAGGCUUUUUCCGAUCAGAGAAUGACGCUGCUUCCAUGCCCUGCACUCGCCCUCCAUCCGCCCCUGAGAGCCUAAUUUCCAAUGUCAAUGAGACGUCUGUCAACUUGGAAUGGAGCCCUCCACAGAACAAAGGUGGACGUGAUGAUAUUUCCUACAAUGUAGUGUGCAAGAGAUGUGGAGCUGGUGAUUUGAACCGGUGCCGGUCCUGUGGCAGUGGGGUACACUUCAGCCCACAGCAGAAUGGUUUGAAAACCACCAAAGUUUCCAUUACUGAUCUUCUGGCGCACACAAACUACACUUUUGAAAUCUGGGCAGUGAAUGGAGUAUCCAAGCAAAAUCCAAGCCCAGACCAGGCGGUCUCCGUCACUGUGACAACGAAUCAAGCCGCUCCAUCCCAAAUAGCUUUGAUCCAAGCUAAAGAAAUAACAAGACACAGUGUGGCAUUGGCGUGGCUGGAACCUGACAGGCCCAAUGGAGUCAUCUUGGAAUACGAAGUCAAAUACUACGAAAAGGACCAAAACGAACGCAGCUAUCGCAUUGUGAAAACAGCAGCAAGAAACACAGAUAUCAAAGGCUUGAACCCUUUGACCUCGUAUGUCUUCCAUGUCAGAGCAAGGACAGCAGCUGGCUAUGGAGACUUCAGUGGCCCAUUUGAAUUCACAACUAAUACAGUUCCAUCUCCCAUCAUCGGUGAAGGUACCAACCCCACAGUCCUUCUAGUCUCAGUGGCUGGAAGUGUUGUCCUUGUAGUCAUUCUCAUUGCAGCCUUUGUCAUCAGUCGGAGAAGGAGCAAGUACAGCAAGGCUAAGCAAGAAGCAGAUGAGGAGAAGCAUUUGAACCAAGGUGUUAGAACGUAUGUAGACCCCUUCACCUAUGAGGAUCCCAACCAAGCUGUGCGGGAAUUUGCCAAAGAAAUUGAUGCUUCUUGUAUAAAGAUUGAAAAAGUAAUUGGUGUUGGUGAAUUUGGUGAAGUUUGCAGUGGUCGUCUCAAAGUGCCAGGAAAGAGGGAGAUCUGUGUUGCUAUCAAGACUCUGAAAGCUGGAUACACAGACAAACAGAGAAGGGACUUCUUGAGUGAAGCCAGCAUCAUGGGACAGUUUGACCACCCCAACAUCAUCCACUUAGAAGGAGUAGUUACUAAAUGUAAGCCUGUCAUGAUUAUAACUGAGUACAUGGAAAAUGGUUCUUUGGAUGCCUUUCUCAGGAAGAACGAUGGCAGGUUUACGGUAAUCCAGUUGGUAGGGAUGCUUCGUGGCAUUGGCUCUGGGAUGAAGUAUUUGUCAGACAUGAGCUACGUGCAUCGGGAUUUGGCCGCUCGAAACAUAUUAGUCAACAGCAACUUGGUCUGUAAAGUUUCAGAUUUCGGCAUGUCUCGUGUUCUGGAAGAUGACCCUGAAGCAGCCUAUACUACUAGGGGUGGAAAGAUUCCCAUCAGAUGGACUGCACCAGAAGCAAUUGCCUAUCGUAAAUUUACAUCAGCUAGUGAUGUCUGGAGUUAUGGAAUUGUAAUGUGGGAAGUGAUGUCAUAUGGAGAGAGACCUUACUGGGAUAUGUCCAACCAAGAUGUUAUCAAAGCCAUUGAAGAAGGCUAUCGGCUGCCACCUCCAAUGGACUGCCCGAUUGCUCUCCAUCAGUUGAUGCUGGACUGUUGGCAGAAGGAGCGUAGUGACAGGCCUAAAUUUGGACAGAUUGUCAACAUGCUAGACAAACUCAUCCGCAACCCCAACAGCUUGAAGAGGACAGGCUCUGAAAACUCCAGGCCUAAUACUGCUUUGUUGGAUCCAAGUUCUCCUGAAUUCUCUGCUGUAGUUUCUGUUGGUGAUUGGCUCCAAGCUAUUAAGAUGGAGCGAUAUAAGGAUAACUUCACAGCUGCCAGCUAUACUACCCUAGAGGCUGUAGUGCAUAUGAACCAGGAUGACCUGUCGAGAAUUGGAAUUACUGCCAUUGCACAUCAGAAUAAGAUUCUGAGCAGCGUCCAAGCAAUGAGGACCCAAAUGCAACAAAUGCACGGCAGAAUGGUUCCAGUUUGAGCCAGUACUGAACAAACUCUAAACUCUUGAAAUUAGUUUACCUCAUCCAUGCACUUUAAUUGAAGAACUGCACUUUUUUUUACUUCUCCUCGCCGUUUGAAAUAAUAAUAAUAAUGAUAAAAAUUGUUUGCAGCAUUGAUUGAUAUAUUAAGAUUGCUGAGCGUGUUGAGGGGAGGGGACCUACAGAAAUGACAGCCCGUCAUUUGAGGACAGGCCUGGAACAAAUUGUUUCUUGGAAUAUACUUCUAUGUGGAUCGACAUUAUGUAAUAUACAUGUAUCUAUUAUGACAUCACAUACAACUUCUGAUGCUGUGUUUGCUGCCAGAUACUGUGAUUAAACGAAGGAAAGUGCUGUUGUUCCCUCAACAGCCACUGGAAUUACAAUCAUUGUGUUUGAUCUGUGGCAUAAACCACAGUUUUUCAUCUUUUAUUGGAAUGAAGAAUCUUCUGUACCAGGAUAUGUUGGCAUAUUCUAAGCACCAUCCGUGGUACCUUGCAGAAAACAUGAGGGAGAAUAUCCUUUGGCUAAUUAGUGCCUCUCUGUGGAAAUGUUGUCCAGUUGCCAGUGGAGACAGAGAACCGCCCUUGUGGAUUCCUGGAUUUAUUUUAUUUUUAUUUUAAUAUUUUGGAGUGGGAAGUAUCGGUUGCUGCUGUGCCACUCUUAAAUCUUAUUUCUGCCAUCACUUAAGAAAACACCUUAGUCAUCCAUUCUGGACUGUGGAUUUUCCAGCCAGCCGUCUUUUUGUCCUUCUAAAAGAGUCGAUUGAGCUGCUUUGAAAGGGACAAAAUAGAUCCUGACUGUUUUUCCUGAUGCCUGCCUUGACUUUGGAGGAUAACAGAUCUGAGACAAAAGCCGAAUCUCCCAGUUUUACUCAGCAUUGACUGUAGAGAAGACAGACCAAGUAUAAGCAGCAUUGCUCCUUGAAGGGUGUCUCCUGGCCUUCUUCCUUUUACGAGAUUCUUUUUUUAUCAGUAACAAAAAAGUAAAAGAUAAGGUCCAGAUAUGGUUCUUUCAUUGCCACUGAAGGAAUGUACUGUAUCAAAGCCCUACAGACUUCUUGUUCCUCAAUGCAUUUUCUUACAAUGUUUGGAUGUUUCGUUUUCCGCACAUCACUGCUGCAUUCGGAUGAGUGUAGGUAGCAGAAUCCUGCUAGUCGUCAUAAUGGAAGCCAGGGUCAGGUGCCGUAGCACAGAACCCAGUUCACAGAAGCUAAGACUGCAUAGGACAGUGAAGUGUGCCAUUGCAAUAUAAUGUCAGUAUAUUUUAAUAGAAUGAAAAAAAAUAACUUAUUAUCUCUUCCAGGCAUGUGUGAGUAUAUGUGUGGCCUUGAGGGUGUGUGGAUGCGUGUGGAUGCUCGUGUGCAAGCAUGUAUGUGUGCUUGUAUGUUGCCUAUUGUACAGGGCCACCUGUGAACGUGUGAAUAGUAUCUCAAGGUAACUCAGGAGUCGGUUGAUUUUUUUUUUCUGAGCUGCUGAGUUACCAGGCCAGUAGGUGAACUGUGCAACAGUCGCAACAAAACACAUAUGCUCCUGAAUGUUACAGUUCUGCAUUUCUUCAUGUAUUAUGUAGCUGCCACACUAACCUUAAUAAAUAGUUCUUCACCCAAGAACAGGGACACUUUCACUUUCCUUGGGGAGUGAUCCAUAGUAAGUCCCACAAUGGUGAUCAAGAGUGACAUUGAUAACUACGAGUCUUAUUGAGGCCUGUUUGUUACUGAAGCAGCAGUACCUUUAUGGGAAGUAAGCGGACAUGAAGUGUUUGUCUAUCAGCAGAUUGUUUUGUAUCUACUAAAGAUAAAGGUUGCCAUUGACAUUUAGUCAAGUCAUGUCCUACUGUAGGGCACAGUGCUCAUCUUGGUUUCCAAGCCACAAAGCAAGCAUUUUUGUCCGAAGACAGUUUCUGUGGUCACAUGGCCAGCACGACUAGACCUCAUUUACCCUCCCAGGAAAAAUAGUCUUUGAAAGACUUGUUGAAUGCAAAUAAACCUGUGAAGUCUAAGGUUGAACAAUAUUUUUAUUGGAUCACAAAAAAGUUACAAAUAAAAUGAGCUUUUCCGUUCUCCCCUUCUAUCAGGCAAAGAUGUUGAAAAAGGUAAUGAUUCCGUUAGAGGCAAGAAAGGUAGCAAUAUGGAUUAUCUCCUCACUUUGCAGAUGAAAGGGUAAGGGUGAAAGAGGCCCAAUAAAAGUUCACCAGUUUUCAAUCUAUUCCAGUCCACUAGGUGUGACUGCCAGUUUGGCUUUAACUGACUACUGCACCCAAAUCUUUGCUGGUGCAAAGAUUUAGACCUCGCUUCAUAUUUAUCUAUUCCUAGCUUAAGAAGAUCUCAACUGCCUGUCUAGUACAAGAUUGUCUUUGACACUCCCAGAUCUUAUAUCUGGCUCACAGUUGGUGCAAAGAUUGAGACCUCGCUUCAUAUUUAUCUAUUCCAAACUUAAGAAG